AUGCAGAUGCUCUCUCUCGGGCUGCAUACGGUUCUACAAUGUCGUGUACGUCUUCGCAUCAGUGCGUCUAUAUCUUGUCAUCAUUUUGCAGCUUUUACCGCAUCAACAGCCUCUCUACGUCCCACAAACUACCGAUUGUUCAGCGCUUCCUCGGCAGUCGCAGAGUCAUCAAAACUCGGUCGUUGUGUACGUCAACGAGCGAAGAAUUGGCAAGUUUUUAGUGCUGUUGAGACUACAAAAGAGACGGGGGUUGAUGCGCUGCCUAAUAAGAAGCAAGUGGUCAGAAAAUGCAGGUUUAACGUGCACCGGUACAUUGUGCAGCAGCAAACGCCGUUGGAGGACGUGCUGCCAUUGGUACAGAGUGAGAUGAGGGCCAAGACGCUCAAGGAUCCAGCGGCGCGUCAAGCUGUUGAUUCGUUCUACUUUUACUGUGCUCAAGAGGCGGAGAAGAAGGGACUUACAGAUGAAUUUCGACGACAGGUGCUGCGCUAUUUCGAUGAGGAGCUUUUUGUCGGUAAAGACGAAGAGAAAGGAAAACAUUUUGUGCUUGGAAAAUCAUUGAAUGAAGCAGUGUUUGGAUCAGUGAUUAAGUUACAUUUAGCUGGUGGAGACACCGAGGCAGCAUGGAUGCUGAUUAACAAGCUGAGACGUGCCGUGAAGGACGCAGCAGUGAAUCAAAUACCGAAGCUGCAUUUUCGGACGAUAAGUCCAUUGCUCGAGUAUGGGUGUAAAAACGAUCAGUUUUUGAGCGCGUACUCAAUAUGGGAGCAGUUGAAACGACAUGAUGUGAAGUGGACAAGUGCAAUGGAGGACGUGCUGGUGCAGAUGGUGAUUGCGUGUGUGAAGACCAACGAUGAAAAGCUGAGCGAGUAUCCGGAGGUGUCGGCGACUGAGGCAAGCAAACUGUGUUUUCACGCACAAAUGACAUCUUUGUUGCAUGAUCUGCAGCUAACGUGUCGAGAGGUAUCCAUAGCGAACGCUCAGCGGUUGUCGCAUGCGUUCCGUGAUGCAAAUUAUAUUGUAGAGACUGUGCAAAGCGAUGCACAGAUGCGAUUUCAGUGCCCGUGUUGCGGACACACAUUGAAAAAGCAGGGGAUGUCGGAGCCUGAACGUGAGCACAUGCUGGCUGCUAUUGAAUCUCGCCGCAGCAAGGUGUCACCAGAAAAUGAAGUGAAAGAGUUUUUGACGCCAUUUCGAGACUGGUUGAUGCUUCGUCACGAAAACUUCCAGCUUCAAAAGUUUGAACUUGAGGCGGAGGGUCACCUUGUUAGCAUCACGAUGCCUGCGGCUUAUCUUGCUGACAAGUUUGUGGUACGUAUUCGCACCAAGCACUACAAGGAAAUGCGUCGCCAGGGAAAAUUUGUUACUCGUGAGCGCAGGCCUGAGGAGAAGGCAAUCUUAGCACGCUGCGUGCUAAUGGGACAAGAAGGGCGCGUGGUCACAAACGACCAAGGUCGUGACCACGUAUCCGCUCUACUCAACGGCUAUAGUAGUACAAGCGCGAAAGCUCAGACUCAGGAGAAUGGCAAGAAAAGCACAGACAUAAUGAAUACACACGCAGGUGUUUCAUCCAUUUCAAUGGACCUUAUCGCUCGGUGGAAGGACAUGACGACCGUGAACAUCGAGAUUGAGCAUGAUGAAGUUGCGUAUGCUGCAAAUGCUGGAGGUGAUUCAACUGGGCUCAUACCCAUUGACUCUAUCCGACUGCUCCAUCCGCAACCAUUCUCGCGCGUACCUCAAGUGACAGCACCGCAGCAUUUUCACUUUCCAAUUGCAGACCAAGCAAAUCAAAAUAAGCAUCCGAACCAGGUGCAAAACCAGAGAAAACGGACGCGAUGGCUUUGCGCACAUACAUUAUGUGAGACAAGUAAUGACACAACACAUCGACUGAAGUGUAAUGACAUUAUACAUGGUAUGUGCACAUAA